UCCAAUGUCCGUCUAGUAUUAAAAUACUUGGGUUUCUGCUACACAUUUUGAUUCAGUUGGUAUAGUGAUGUUCAGUGAACAGUUGCCAAUAUGGAGGGAAAUGAUAAUUCGACAGCUACACCUUUCGAAGAAGCUUUGAAUAAGACCGGUAAUGGUCUGUACAAUGUUAUGCUGGUGGCUGCCAACUCGGUCAUCCUGCUUGCCAUUACCAUGGAUCUAUUCGGUUUUACUCUCAUCGUCAACGUUGCCUGCGACUUGAGGCUGACUAUCGCUCAGAAGGCCAUACUCUCCUCAUUCCCCUUUAUAAGUAUUAUAGUAGUUUCCUUCGCGUGGGGCUACAUAUCAGACACACGAGGUCGCCGGACCACUCUCGUGCUGUCCCUCCCGACAGCGUUUGUCCUAUCCUGUCUGUGUAGCCUGUCUCCCAACUGGAUCGCGCUGGCUGUCCUCAAGUUCCUGUCUGUCUGUUUCUCGUGCGCAGCGAACUCAGUGACGUACACGUUGGUGGGCGAGUCCUGCAUCCAGCGACUGCGCAGCAAGUAUAUGUUGCUGAUGAGCUGCCUCCUGCUAUUAGGGCCGGCUGCGGGUGCUGUGGUCGCAUAUCCAAUCACACACUUGUCAUUCGCUGUACCAAUACCAGCCCUGGGCUUAGACUUCACGCCGUGGAGACUGCUGGUCAUCGUCAUGUCGAUCCCGAUCGGGUUGGGCGGCAUCGCCAGCUUCUUCUUCUACGAGAGUCCGAAAUUCCUGGCCAAUUGGGACAGGAACGAUGAGGCUUUGAGGGUCUUGGAGGCUAUUUAUAAGGUCAAUCAUAAGGGAUCUCUUGAUGACUUCCAGAUUAAACAAAUAAAACUAGAAGACGCUCUAACCAAAAACCGUAUGUCUCUGAUCCGCGCGAUCUAUGAGCAGAGCGCUCCUCUGUUCCGACGUCCACUGUUGGGACAGACCCUCCAGCUGUUCUACAUAGUGGGCAUCGUCUACAUCACGAACAAUACGUGCAUAGUGUGGCUGCCACAUAUAAUGGAUCUAGUCAAAGUUGCUUUAGAAAAAAAUUACGUAUCAUCAGGAAACGUAUGUGCCAUGAUCACAUCACACAGUGUAGCUAACACUACAGUGGCACGGUCUUCAGAUGAGCCAGUGAUAUGCCUCGGCUACGUUGAAGAUUCAACAGCAUUAACAAUCAUAAUUUCCCAAACCACCUUCUCCUGCUUAAACUUCGUCAUCUCCUGCUUUCCAAACCGCCGGAAAGCUGUCCUUAUCUUCAUGCUUUGCCUGUCUUCUGUCAGCGGAAUAGCCAUGAAUCUGACGCCAGAACCUAUAUCGAGUGUCGUCUUGUAUGUCAUAUUUGGAUGUACUUGUUUGUGUAUGGGAAUUAUGGCCUCCUUUUUUGUGGAUUUGUACCCUACAUCUUAUAGGGGCAUGGCGUCCUGCCUCAGCAUCCUGGUGGCUCGUACCAGCACUUUCGUCGGUAUCAACGUCGCUGGCAACCUCAUCUUCCACCAUUGCUCCCUUACUUUCUACCUCUGGUCCGUUCUCGUCUUGACAAGCGUGAUAGCUGCGUGGUUUCUACCUCCAGACAAAGCAAAAAUAAUUCCAACUAACGUUUAAGAAAUAACAAAAGUAUAGAAUUAUUAUUCUGUUUCGCAAUAAUGUAUAAUUGAUUUAUCGUUAUUUCUCUGAUUCCACAAAAUAGGCCCAACUGAUCCAGCUUAAAUAUUUUUGAUAUUUAAAUACAAAGGCUAUCAGGUUGGAAUAUAAAGUAGUAUACGAGCUUAGUCGAAAUAAUGAGAAACUAUUAAAAUGCUAAGGCGAAAAAACGUAAAACAAAUGUGUCUGUUUCAGUGUUUUUGAUAAACUUCUUGAUCAAACUAAAUAACGUCUACAAUCGCGUUCCACAAAUGCCUGCCCAACACAGUUCAUUAUUUUUUUAUAAUUAUUCUAUCUUUUAAUAAUAUAUUAUUCAUUGUUUACCAAAAUUGAUCUUAUAUAUUUUUGAAGGGAUGAUUUGUCUUUAAAAUUUAAGACUUAUCUACAAGUUUUUUCAGUUUUUUUUUUAGUAAUGUUUUUGAGUAUUCAAACAUCAGUUCAUUUAUUAUUUUUUUAAAAUAUAUUUUUUUUUUUCAAUAUUAGAAACCCGUUUUUUCUUCUAUUUUAGGAACGAUAAAUAAAAUAUUUUUUUUAAAUAAAUUAAUUGGAUUUUAAUAAUUUUAAAAUAUAUCCUAGGAAUUGGAUCUACUGGCGUUUGGUCAACAAUAACAUUUCAGAUUUUUUUUAUAAACAGUUCUUUUACAAGUAAAACUAGUACUGAGUUUACCAACACUUUAUUUACAAAUAAAACUAUGAGAUCUAAACAUUAAGAAAUAUAAAUAUAAAAAUAUUAUUAUCAACUACUUUUUACUGUUUAACUAACAUAGUAUUAUUUGUGAAUAUCGAUUUUAUUUUUCUCUACUUACAUUCCAUACGCAAAACACAUUUUUUUUCUGACAAAUGUUAUAAUUUGUAGAAUAAAAAUAUUUUUUAUUCAA